UGGCUCGGCACUGCUUUUGUUUAAGCCACAAUCCACAAACUGAUAUGAAUCCCUUUGUCCUGUGCCACCAUCCGGUCUCACUUACUCUUUCCUUCCCUACUUAUGCCUGCUCUUAAACUCACUCCGCCUCCUCCUUCCACUGUCAACAUUCGCAAGCGCACUUCAUCUUUCUCUCAGCCCUACCCACCACAGACUACACGCAUGUCUCUUCGUCGCACUGCUUCUUUCCUCUCCUUAUCAGACUAUGAGAGUGAUGAGGAUUCCCUCUCACAGUCUGGACCAUCUUCCUAUUCAGUUUAUGCAAAGGUCCAAACCCCUGUCGUUCCCUAUAACCGUACUCUGUGCCACUACAAGGAGCAGCGUGAACGUCGCAAAGCUGUUCUCAGCCGCAGCCGUGCCGAGUUUACCAUCUCCCCACCCUCCACCAAGCAGCCUGCAAAAGCAACUAUUCACAUCCCAAAGCCUCGCCAGCCAACAAAGCAAAUGGCAGGCCUCCGGACCUCUUCCCCUUUAUCACCGACCCAGAAACUCCUCCCUCCCAGAGCUUCUUUUCCUCGCUCGAAGCCAGAGCCGGACUUGUACCGGAUCGCAAUUAAAGCCCGCAUGCGGUGCUCCCCUGAGGGCGCAAAGAUUCUCCGCAUGGGUCCUCGCAUGGCUGUGUCUAUAUUAGCCGCUACUCGGGACCUUGAGAUGCUUGUAUCAACACAUGAGGUGAACUUCAAUGACGAUUGGGACAUGCUCGACUGCAGUGCGUGAAGCAUCCCUGAUGCUAUCAUGCGAGAUUCGCAUCACGCUCUUACAAAUGAUCUGACGAUCUGGGACGAACCUGAGACGAUUCAGAUCUGUAAAGGAGCAAUCACAUGUAUUUAUUGGAUUUUCACAAGGAGGAGGUCUUCAUUCAUUUGGCGAUCUAUUACUUCCUCCACUUCGUCUGUCUAAUAUGCCGGAGGAUUAUUAGGUGUUUUAGGAUUAAUUUGUUUGUACGAAUAGUUGUUUUCACGCGCGUUCUCUUCGACCCAACCAUACCCCACACGACCACGCAUUUGUACCAAAUCACUCCAUCAAUUAUUUACUUCUCAUACACACUCCUUACCACGCAUUUACUUUCCCAGAAACAGAGAUAUCACGUUCAAGGCUGU